AUGCUUCGUGCUGUUCGUAACAAGUCAAGUAUUGCUUCGAGUUUGCGUAAGCAAAUCAAGAAUGUAUCCCUUUUACAGACGAAUGGUCUUAUCAAUGGAGAAUGGGUGGCUGCAAACAGUUCCUUUGAGGUGGAGAACCCCGGCUUGAAGUCAGAAAAUGACGCUCAUCUUGCCAAAGUUUCGUGUUUCUCGCCAAGUGAUUACAAUGAUGCAAUUGUUGCAGCAGAUGUGGCUUUCAAGUCCUUUCGCAAGACGACUGCCAGAGAACGAGGUGAGCUUCUUCAAAAGAUGCACGAUCUUAUGUUGGAGAAUGUAGACGACUUGGCCAAAAUUAUUACACUUGAGAACGGUAAGCCUUUGGCAGAUUCCGUGGGGGAGGUCAAGUACGCGGCUUCGUUCUUCAAGUGGUUCAGUGAACAAGCUCCACAUGUCACUGGUGACAUUAUCGAGUCAAGCAUAUCGAAUACCAAAAUUUUGGCACUCAGACAACCGGUAGGAGUCUGUGGCAUCAUAACGCCCUGGAAUUUCCCAGCUGCUAUGAUUGCAAGAAAGUUAGCCGCUGCUGUGGCUGUUGGUUGUACAACAGUUAUCAAACCUGCUUCCGAGACACCUUUGACAGCACUUGCAAUGGGCUCUUUGUCCCAACAAGCUGCAUUUCCAAAUGGAGUGGUAAACAUUUUGCCAUCUCAGAAGUCAUCCGAUGCCGGAAAAGCAAUUUGUGAACAUAAGCUUGUGAAGAAGGUCACAUUCACUGGCUCCACAAAUGUCGGUAAAAUUCUCAUGAAGCAGGCUUCUUCAACGCUUAAGAAAUGUUCAUUUGAAUUAGGUGGAAACGCGCCAUUUAUUGUCUUCAGUGAUGCGUCUAUCGAUAAGGCUGUAGCGGGUGUGUUGGCUUCUAAGUUCAGGAGUAGUGGACAAACGUGUGUUUGCGCCAACAGAAUAUUUGUUCAUGAAAGUAUUUACGAAGAGUUUUCAAAAGCUUUGGUUUCAAAACUUGAGAAGGAUACCGUUCUUGGAUAUGGAAUUGAUAAAGAUACCACGCAUGGGCCUCUAAUUCACGAUAAGUCUCUUCUGAAAGUUCAAGAACACAUCAAAGACGCCACAGAAGCAGGUGCAAAACUUCUUCUUGGUGGCAAACCUCGGGAAGAUUUGGGUCCAAAUUAUCAUGAGCUCACUGUUCUCGGAGACGUGAACGAAAGCAUGAAGAUUUUCCACGAGGAGACAUUCGGCCCCGUUUGUCCAUUGAUCAAAUUUUCAUCAGAGGAAGAGGUACUCCGAAUGGCCAAUGAUACAGAUGUGGGUUUGGCAGGCUACUUUUUCACCAAUGACAUUCUGCGGAUCUUCAGCAUUGCUGGUGAUCUUGAAGUUGGAAUGGUCGGUGUAAACACUGGCGCUAUAUCGGAGGCAAGUCUUCCUUUCGGUGGAGUGAAGGAAUCCGGUUUUGGCAGAGAAGGAUCAAAGUUCGGUCUUGAAGAUUACACUGUGGUGAAGUCGGUUGUAUUAGGAGGUCUUUAA